AUAAAACAAAACUCCAACAAAAUGUCUCUGUACGCCUGCGCCUCGUUUUUGCUACUUACCGCCAGCAUUGUUAGCGGUGUCAGUUCACAAUGUUCAUGGGAAUUUGUACGCACAACCAUGGACAUUAAGUGUAAUAUACGUGCCAUUGAUAUCACACAACAAUUGGAUUUACAAGUGGCCGAGACAGCCACACGCCUCGAAAUCGCCUGCUCCAAUGAUGUCUUGUAUGCCAGUGAUUUGGGUAAUAAGACAUUUGUGCGUCUUCAAAAACUAUCCGAAUUGCAAAUUGAUUCGUGUAAAAUGCAACGUCUUGCGGAAAACACAUUCGAAGGUUUAAUGUCGUUGAAACGUUUAACGGUCCAGACCCACAAUGCCGUUUGGGGUCCCGGUAAAACGCUGGACAUCUCGCCUCAAGCCUUCUACGGUUUGCGUGAAUUGUCCGAACUCAGUUUGGCCGAUAACAAUAUCCGUCAAUUGCCCGAAGGUGUUUGGUGCACCAUGCAAAAUUUACAAGUGUUGAAUUUGACCUCGAAUCGUAUUCGCGCCGCCGAAAGCCUUGGUUUCUCCGAGAAAUUGUGCACUCUGAAUGGUGCCAGUGGUGCUGCUGAACUCCAAGUCUUGGAUGUUUCCUACAAUGAACUACGUUCCUUGCCCGAUGUCUGGGGUGCCUCACGCCUACGCCGCCUACAACAAUUGAAUCUACAACAUAACAACAUUUCCUCAUUGGCUGCCAACUCCUUGGCUGGCCUUUCAUCGUUGCGCGUGCUAAACCUUUCCUACAACCACUUGGAAACAUUGCCAGCCGAUUCAUUUGCCGGCAACAAGGAAUUGCGUGAAAUCCACUUGCAAGGCAAUGAAUUGUACGAUUUGCCCAAAGGUCUGUUCCAUCGUUUGGAACAAUUGUUGGUGCUCGACUUGAGUGGCAACCAAUUGACAUCUCACCACGUUGACAAUAACACAUUUGCUGGUCUAAUUCGCCUUAUUGUCUUGAACUUGGCCAACAAUGCCCUCACCCGCAUCGGCUCGAAAACCUUCAAAGAAUUGUAUUUCCUACAAAUCUUGGAUAUGCGCAACAACUCCAUCGGUCACAUUGAAGAUGGUGCCUUCCUGCCUUUGUACAAUCUUCACACCUUGAAUUUGGCCGAAAACCGUCUACACACCUUGGACAAUCGCAUUUUCAACGGUCUCUAUGUCCUCACCAAAUUGACAUUGAACAACAACUUGAUCAGCAUUGUCGAAUCCCAGGCCUUCCGCAAUUGCUCCGAUCUCAAAGAAUUGGAUUUGAGUUCAAAUCAAUUGGCCGAAGUACCCGAAGCCGUACAAGACCUCAGCAUGCUGAAAACAUUGGAUUUGGGUGAAAAUCAAAUCUCCGACUUCAAAAAUGGUACUUUCCGCAACUUGAAUCAAUUGACCGGUUUGCGUUUGAUCGACAACCGCAUUGGUAACAUCACCGUUGGUAUGUUUAGCGAUUUGCCUCGUUUAAGUGUUUUAAAUUUGGCCAAAAAUCGCAUUCAAUCCAUUGAACGUGGCGCCUUCGACAAGAACACCGAAAUCGAAGCCAUCCGCCUGGACAAGAACUUCCUCACCGACAUCAAUGGCAUCUUCGCCACUUUGGCCUCUUUGUUGUGGCUCAACUUGUCGGAAAAUCAUUUGGUAUGGUUCGAUUAUGCCUUCAUUCCAUCGAAUUUGAAAUGGUUGGACAUUCAUGGUAACUAUAUUGAAGCCUUGGGUAACUACUACAAAUUGCAAGAAGAGAUCCGUGUAACCACCUUGGAUGCCAGUCACAAUCGCAUCACCGAAAUUGGCGCCAUGGCUGUGCCAAACUCCAUCGAAUUGCUGUUCAUCAACAACAACAUCAUCAGCCAGGUCCAACCCAACACCUUUGUUGACAAAACUAAAUUGUCACGCGUCGACUUGUACGCCAAUGUCUUGUCGAAAUUGGCUUUGAACUCUUUGCGCGUUGCUCCAGUUGCCGCCGAUAAACCCGUCCCCGAAUUCUAUUUGGGCGGUAAUCCUUUCGAAUGCGACUGCAGCAUGGAAUGGUUGCAACGCAUCAACAACAUGACCACCCGCCAACAUCCCCGCAUCAUCGAUUUGGCUAAUAUCGAAUGUUUAAUGCCUCACAGCCGUAACGCCCCCAUUCGCCCAUUGUCAUCAUUGUCCAGCAGCGACUUUGUCUGCAAAUACACAUCGCACUGUCCCGCCACUUGUCACUGCUGUGAUUUCGAACAAUGCGACUGUGAAAUGGUGUGCCCCGACAAUUGUACCUGUUUCCAUGACGCUACCUGGUCAACGAACAUUGUCGACUGUGGGAAACAAAAUCGCAUUAACUUGCCGCAACGCAUACCCCAGGAUGUCACCGAUUUGUAUUUGGAUGGCAAUAAUCUCCCCGUAAUCGAUGCUCAGGUGUUUGCGGGCAAACGCAAUCUACGUGCUCUCUACCUGAACUCAUCGAAUGUGGUGACAAUUCAAAACGGCAGUUUUUCCGAGCUCAGCAUGCUGCGUUCCCUGCAUUUGGAGAACAAUAAAUUGCAGUCUUUGGACGGCAGUGAAUUUAAUCAAUUGUCUCUGCUCAAAGAAUUGUACUUGCACAAUAACCUGCUCACGUCCAUCUCGAACAAUACCUUCGGCCCCUUGGUUUCAUUGAAGGUUUUGCGUCUAGACAACAAUCGUCUCACAUCAAUGCCCAUUGCCCAAUUGGCCAGUCUCCAGUACCGCAACAGUCUACAGGGUUUGACAAUGGGCCGCAACUCCUGGUCUUGCCGUUGUCAAUUCUUGCAGAGCUUGGCCCAGUUUGUGGCCGACAAUGCCAUGGUCAUCCGUGAUUCCCAGGACAUCUACUGUGUGGAUAAUGGCGUCAAGCGUGAAUUGGAAUUGUUCACCCAGCAUGGUGUUGACUGCAGUGAAUUGUUGGAGAAUGCCAGCAACAUGGCCUCCCAAGAUGUUUCCGGUGGUUAUGUACCACUGUUGGCUGCCGUUUUGGUUUUGAUCUUCCUCAUCGUGGUGCUGAUCAUUGUCUUUGUGUUCAGGGAAUCGGUGAGAAUGUGGCUCUUUGCCCACUAUGGUGUGCGUGUGUGUGAACCACGUUUCGAAGAUGCCGGUAAAUUGUACGAUGCCAUUAUUUUACAUUCCGAAAAAGACUAUGAAUUUGUGUGCCGUAACAUUGCCACCGAAUUGGAACAUGGUCGUCCACCAUUCCGUCUGUGCAUCCAGCAAAGAGAUUUACCACCCCAGGCCAGCCAGUUGCAAAUUGUUGAAGCCGCCAGGGCGUCGAGAAAAAUCAUCUUGGUUUUGACCCGUAAUCUCUUGGCCACCGAAUGGAAUCGUUUGGAAUUCCGUAAUGCAUUCCAUGAAGCUUUGCGUGGCUUGGCCCAAAAAUUGGUGAUCAUCGAAGAGACCAAUGUUUCGGCUGAGGCUGAAGAUGUUGCUGAGUUGUCGCCCUACUUGAAAUCGGUGCCUUCAAACCGUCUGCUGACCUGUGAUCGUUACUUCUGGGAGAAAUUGCGUUAUGCCAUCCCAAUUGAAUUGUCUCCACGUGGCAACAACUACACUUUGGAUCAUCAUGAACGUUUCAAGCAACCCGUCUCACCUGGUGUUCUAUUCAGACAAGCUCCUCCCCCACCAGCCUACUAUCAAGAAGAUAUGGAAGCUAAUUAUUCGUCGGCCACCACUGCCACACCAUCGCCCAGACCCACUAGACAUGGCCAGCGUAUUGUUGAUGCCAUGCCAAUGCGUCCACCAAGUGAACAUAUCUAUCAUAGCAUUGAAUCGGAAUAUGGCUAUGAACAACACGAAGCCUUGUCCAUGAUUCCCAAUGGUAUGUCCACUGGCCGUCAUCAUCCUCAUCAUCAGCAUUUGGCUCCUCCCUCGAACGCUAUGUUUCGCCAAGGUAACAACCCUCGUUUAUCGAUGAGUGCUGCUGCUGGUGUAAGUCAAGUAGCUGCCGGCCAACAACAACAACAAUGGAGACCCUCAACGUUAAUGGCCCAGCCACAGCAACAACAAGCUCAAUUCCAGCAAGCCACCGCCCCUGUACAUUUGCGCAGUGGUAGCAAUUUAAGUCAGUGUAGUACCAGUACACAAUCCACAGCCGCUUUGGCACAAACGCCUCAGCCACAAGCUUCCACUUCCGCGGCUGCCCAACAGCAGCAACAACAACAGGCAGCUGCCACAGGUGUGACUCCGGCCACAAGUAAUGAGGGUUCAGCGCCGUCAGCGAAUAAAAACACCACCACCAAUCAAGCCUUUUUAGUGUAA